CCUUUGCUCGGUCCGUUCAAUAAAAGCAAAGCUUUCCUCAUCCCAAAAGCACAAACGCCAUAAGAAUAGAAGCUUAUAGCCAACCAUUUCCAAAAUGGAGCACGGGAACUUUAAAUCAAUCUAUGCUUGGUCAUCGGUGGUAGCAUCUCUCUGUUACUGCUAUUUCAUUCCUGCAAGAAUCCCAAAAGGCUUCUUGAGGCUGGUUUCUCUCCUACCCGUCUUCUGUCACUUCACAGUUCUCCCUAUGUACAUACCCUCCGUCUUCUUCAGAGGAGUCUCAUCACUCUUCAUCACCUGGCUCGCCAACUCCAAGCUCCUCCUCUUUGCCUUUGGACAGGGUCCACUCGCCUGGGCCCAAUCCCAGUCCCUCCACAUCUUCAUCGCCUCCGCCGCUCUCCCCAUCAGAGCCAAGCGGGCAGAUGACAGCAACCCAUCCUCCUCCAAGAAAAAGGUGCCGUUUUUAAAUUUAGGAACGGAGAUCUUAGCCUUGUCCGUUUUAUUAGCCCUGGCAGCUAAGUACAGAGAAACUGCACACCCGCUGGUUCUACAAGCAGACUACUGUUGCGUGAUAUUUCUUCUGGUGGAUGUUCUGGUGGCGUUCUCGAGUUCCGUGGUCCGAGCCCUGGUGGGUCUGGAGCUGGAGCCGCCGUCCAAUGCGCCCUACUCGUCGACUUCUCUGCAAGAAUUCUGGGGAAAGCGGUGGAACCUCACCGUGACAAAUACGCUACGGCUCUCGGUGUACAAGCCCGUCAGGUCAGUGUCGGCAGGUGUAGUGGGGAAUCGCUGGGCCGCACUGCCAGCCUUUUUCGCCACUUUUUUAGUCUCCGGUCUGAUGCACGAACUCAUAUACUAUUAUGUGUCACGUGCGAAGCCCUCGUGGGAAGUGACGUCGUUUUUCAUCCUGCAUGGAAUCUGCGUCAUGAUUGAACUCGUAAUUAAGAGGGGUUUGAAAGGAAAACGGGAGAUGCCAUGGUUUAUUUCGGGCCCAUUGACGAUCGGGUUUGUGAUUUUAACCAGUUUUUGGUUGUUCUUUCCUCCCCUGAUGAAGUCCGGGGCUGAUGAAAUGAUUCUUGAAGAGUUCAGAUCUUUUUGUGAGUCUUGGAAGGGUAGGCUAGGGACCUUGUCUCCCAAUAUUCUGAGCCCCAAAUUGAGUUAAGAGACGGGGAAGUCUUUGAAAAUGGUCAGGUCCUCAAGAAAGAUCUCCAACAUUUCUGUCAUAAUAAUCCAAACUUUAUGGAAUGGGACCUGAUUAAUGUGCAUGUCCAGAUUAAUGUUUACUAUGGAUUGGAUGUAGGCAAUGUAGUUUUUUUUUUUCUCUUGUUAUUUUGUUUUAAUGAACUGUUGUUUAUUUAACAUGAUCAGAUUCAGGGGUU